GUGAUCACCGAUUAUUCGUUUAGUACGGUGAGUUACGGAAAAAAUGCUUAAGUUUGUGAUUUUGCUGUGCUUGGCUUCGGUGCCGGCCUUAAAGGCCCACAUUGUGCCAGUGGUACCCAUGUUGGAUGGCCGCAUUGUGGGUGGCAUGGAUGCUACCAUCGAACAGUAUCCCCAUCAAAUCUCCAUGCGUUAUCGUGGCAAUCAUCGUUGCGGUGGCAGUGUCUACACCAGCAACAUCAUCGUCUCUGCUGCUCAUUGUGUUGUGGGCGAUUUGGAUCUUAGCCAGUUGACCAUUGUUGCCGGCUCCACCCAUUUGAAUAAUGUCACCUGGGAGUUGCCUGUGACCAAGCUUGUCAUCCAUGAGAAAUACAAUGCCAACAACGAUUAUGAUGUGGCUCUUUUGUUCUUGGGCGGUGAUUUCCCCUUCAAUGAUAAAAUCCAACCCAUUGGCUUGGCCAAGUCCAGACCUGCUGCUGGCGCUGAAGUCAUUGUCACCGGCUGGGGUACCUUGGUGGAGGGUGGCAACAUUCCCAACACCUUGCAACAAGUCACACUCAACUAUGUUGAACUCAGCAAAUGCAAGAAAUCCUAUCCCCUAAUGUUGACCGAUCGCAUGAUGUGCGCCAAUGUUGAGGGUGGCGGUAAGGAUGCCUGCCAAGGUGAUUCCGGUGGUCCCUUGAUCUACGAGAAUCAAUUGUUGGGCAUUGUCUCUUGGGGUAUUGGUUGUGCUCGCAAGAACUUCCCUGGCGUGUAUGCCUCAGUUCCAGAACUACUCGAUUGGAUAGUGGACAAUACCAAUGUCAACAAAAAGGAAUAUUCAUUUUUGUAAAUUCAAGUUUGAAUAAAACUAACAGUGACAAUUGUAAAAAUUAAGAGUAAAGUAAA